AGCAUAAAAUUUGGGACCAUGCUUCUCCUCUCAAGUAAUUUUACAAUCAUUGUUUUUGGCUGCCACCGCCGCUCUGCAUGUGAAGUCUCUCUCGCUGGUCCUCCUUCCGAAGUCGCCCCCACGUUUACUAAGCGUGUUUUGGGGUUUACACCCUUUUUUUUUCUUAAACUCUUUACCAUUUUCCAAGAAAAUAUCAUAGCUUUCUGGGGAAAACGUUGCCGCAUUCGAAAAUUCCACCAUUUCAGAGAUAGGUAUUAAUUUGCUCGAGCUUUUAGCUUCUGGGUUUUGUUUUUGAACAGUUUUGGCGAUUUGGAUUGCUGCAUUUUCCCUGUAAAGUUAUGAGCUUGUAGUUGUAGUAGUAAUAAAUCUGGGUUUUAAAGCUUGAAGCUUGCAGAUGGUGGGCUUUUUUGAUCUGGUUUGUGCUCAAAUUUUGGGGUUUUGGUUGUCAAAUUUGUUCUUUCGAGGGAUUUGUGAACCGGGUAGUGCUUAGAUUCUGUGAAUUUUGGUUAAUCUGAAACUUUCCAGGGUUUUGGGAAAAAGUCAGGAAGUUGAAGAAGGCAAUGGAUUUUGCCUGGAAAUUUUGAAUUAGGGUUUUCUGACAUUUGGGAUUUGUAUAUUUGUAAUGCAACGGUCUCUGAUGUAUAAAUACGAGUAAAAGUGACUAUUUUUGUGAUUGAAUUUGGAAAGUUCGGCGAUGGAAUUUAUAUAAUAAAGCCAAAAAAGUAGCAAAAUUUAGCAUUCAAUUUCACAUAAACAUGUCUUCAACUUCACCUUCUCCAAAUUCUUCUCCUUCUGCGGUCUCACCGACUUCAUCUGAUACCACAACACCACCCCCAUCAAAUUCUUCAACUACCCCAACAACUACUGCAACCCCUUCUGACGCUUCACCUCCCCCUGCCCAAUCUCCUCCUCCAGCAUCACCAGCUUCCCCCUCUCCAAAAUCAUCACCACCUCCGUCAACUCCGCCACCAACUUCACCACCGCCUUCGCCGCCGGCAGCUCCACCCCCCUCAUCACCUCCUCCAGCAUCACCACCACCUUCUCCACCAGCUGCCUCUCCUACAGCUGCGUCUGCACCCCCACCAGAUGCUUCCCCACCACCUCCAUCAGAAAGUUCUCCCCCUCCCAAAUCUUCCCCUACACCUCCUGCAGAAGCCUCACCUCCACCUAAAUCCACAGAGUCCCCACCACCUUCGUCCAAUUCUCCACCACCGCCACAAGGAGAAGCACCGAAGAAAUCUCCUUCAUCCCCCACUGGUACACCUCCUCCAUCUGCUUCCAAAUCUGCUCCUGCACCAGCUGAUAAAUCUCCCCCUGCAUCCACAGUGCAAUCACCACCUCCUUCAGUGCCAUCUUCUUCACCUCCUGUUACUUCUCCUACCCUGCCCAGUAAUUCAUCAAAUCCCACUCCCUUACCACAGAAGCCAACUGCAAGGUCAACCACUGAUGCCAAUGUAACAUCAAAUGCCACAUCCGGAAAUAAAGGAGGGUUAGACACUGGAGGAGCUGUGGCCAUUGGAAUUGUAGUUGGAUUCCUGGUGAUCAGUCUUCUUGUAAUGGCGGUGUGGUUUGCAAAGAAGCAGAAGAAAAGAAAAGCUGGAGCAAAUCUUGCCUACAGCAUGCCUUCCCCCUUUGCUUCAUCCCAGAAUUCAGAUUCAGCAUUUCUUAAGCCCUAUUCUCCAGCUCCCCUUGUAGGAAAUGGUUCUGGCAGCGAUUUCAUGUAUGCACAAUCAGAUGGUGGCGUUAACAAUUCAAAGUCAUGGUUCACAUAUGAAGAACUAAUCAAAGCCACGAAUGGGUUUUCGAAACAGAAUCUUUUGGGCGAAGGUGGAUUUGGUUGUGUAUACAAAGGUGUUUUGGAAGAUGAAAGGGAAGUUGCUGUAAAACAGCUCAAAAUUGGUGGGGGACAAGGGGAGCGUGAGUUUAAAGCUGAAGUUGAAAUUAUUAGUCGAGUACACCAUCGCCAUUUGGUUUCCCUGGUUGGUUACUGUAUAUCUGAGCAUCAAAGGUUGCUUGUCUACGAUUUCGUUCCAAAUGAUACUCUUCAUUACCAUCUUCAUGGUGAGGGCAUGCCAGUCCUGGAUUGGGCAACCAGAGUCAAGGUUGCUGCUGGUGCAGCUCGUGGAAUAGCUUACUUACAUGAAGAUUGUCAUCCCCGCAUUAUUCACAGAGAUAUUAAGUCGUCAAACAUCCUUUUGGAUAGCAACUUUGAAGCUCAAGUUGCAGAUUUUGGGCUUGCAAAGCUAGCAUUGGAUUCAAAUACGCAUGUGACCACAAGAGUAAUGGGAACAUUUGGAUACAUGGCGCCAGAAUAUGCAACAAGUGGAAAGUUGACGGACAAGUCUGAUGUUUACUCUUAUGGUGUUGUGCUAUUGGAGCUAAUUACAGGUCGCAAACCUGUGGAUUCUUCUCAGCCAUUGGGUGAUGAGAGCCUAGUUGAAUGGGCUCGACCUUUGCUUAGUCAAGCACUAGAAGGUGAAGAUUUAGAAGGGUUGGCAGAUCCAAGGCUGGAAAAGAAUUACGUCGAGAAUGAAAUGUUUAGAAUGAUUGAGGCGGCUUCAGCUUGUGUGCGUCAUUCAGCUACGAAAAGGCCACGAAUGAGACAGGUGGUAAGGGCUUUCGACUCCUUGGAUGAAUUCUCAGAUCUCAGUAAUGGAAUGAAACCUGGCGAGAGCGAAAUCUUUAAUUCUGCAGAACACUCUGCACAAAUUAGAAUGUUUCAGAGGAUGGCAUUCGGCAGUGAAGACAACAGUACGAGUUUUUUCAAUCAAAGUCAGAGCAGCUGGAAAAGUAGGGACUCCCGAGAGCAAGGGUACCAAAAUCAGAGAAGCUGGGCGAGUAGAGACUCUAGGGAGCACGGGGAUCAAACUCAGAGCAGCUGGAGUCGAGACCAGAGAGACCCGAGAAACCCCAGUACCGCGAUGUCCAUAGAUAGAUCUGGGAUAUGGAACAACUGAGAGUUCAACCAACCGUUUGAGCCAGGGUAGGCUGUGUUGUGUUGCUCAUUUCUUGUAAAUCUUACACAAAUCAUAUCAUUUUCCAUUUAUUUUUGUGUUCUCUGCUAACAUGAUUUUGUUGACAGGAUCCCAAUUUCUGUGUUCUUUUUGUGAUUUUGAUUCAUUGAUACAGUAUAUUGUAUGUAUCUUAUUUGAAAUAUAUAAUUUUAUCUGAAUUA